UCCACCUGGAAUGUGGCCCAAGCUCGGAUCUCAAGGUGCAGUCAUGUGACCUCCAGAUGGCGGAACAAGAGUAAACAGAGGGUUUGCUGAAACCUUCCUGAAAAGUUUUGUGAUCUUGGACGGUUCGACCCCGUUCGAGGGGGCCAGUCCCGGUUGUUUUUCGGCCCCAGCUCGCAGAGGGAGAUGGGAAGCGGCGCGAGCGGUUGUUCACUCGGAAGAUGACAGUUUGUUGUCUGGUGAGGCUCCGUGGCUGCGGCGCGCCAGGCGAGCUCUUCUUUACCUGUGCGAGGUGUGAUCGCGAACCCUGCGGGCACGGAUGGGAGAUCUGACCAGCGGGAGUCCACGGCAGGCAGCCGGAGAAGAGACGAGCUCAUCGGACAGUCCCCAGUCAGAUGUCCGCUUCCAGAGGAGAGUAGCCGCGGUCAACUCUCCGGCUCUGCCCGCCGCACGCCUCACUUUACCUGGAGUCAUGGACACCGAGGGGAGGGUCGACGAGUCUAGACUGAGGAUGCACAUUUUCAAAAACGGUGGCGUGUCCCCCUCUGAGCGUGGCCUGGCCUGGCGUUUCCUGUUUGGGAUGUACCCGUGCAGCUCAACGGCUUUAGAGCGCUCUCUGCUGCAAGAGCAGUUGGUCGUACGUUACCAGAUCAUGAAGAGAAAGUGGCAGCAGUUUCUUCCAUCAGCUGUGCGGAUGCACCUCAACGGCACUGAUGCUGAGUUGGUGGCAGCAGUCAGGUACUUUGACCAGAGGCAGGCACAAGCCCAGCAACAGACCCAGGACCAGUCAGAGGAGGUCAGGGACAGACUGGCUUUCUUGGAGCUUCAGGCACAGAUACUGUUUGAGCGGGUCACAUUUGACCAAGCGGAGCUGCGGGAAGCCAUACGAAUAAUUGACAAGGAUGUGCCAAGAACUAACAGAGACCUGAGCUAUUACCAGGGUGAAGGUUCAGGCAAUCUGUUGGUGCUGAGAGACAUCCUCAUCACUUAUGCUGCUUUUCAUCCAGAGGUCAGUUAUGCCCAAGGAAUGAACGACCUGUGCAGCCGGUUCCUGGAAGUUCUUGACUCUGAGGUGGACACUUUUUGGAGUUUCUCCUGCUACAUGGAGAAAUUCUCCAAGGACUUCAGGGCUGAUGGCCUGCACAGAAAAAUAGAGUUGGAGGCUGCCCUGCUGAAGGAACUAGACCCUCAGCUUUAUGCUCAUUUGGUCACAGACAGCAUGGAGAGCUUCACCUUCUGCCACAGGUGGCUGCUGCUGGGUUUCCAGAGGGAGUUUGAACACAGUGACGCAUUACGUUUGUUCGAGAUCCUGAGUUGUGACCACUUGGAGCUUAUCUCCCAACAAGUAGACCGAGCCCGCUAUCAGGAAAGGCUUGCUCGGAAAUGCAGCGCAGAGGACAGUUCAGAGUCAGAGCUGCAGGCCAUCAACACUGACUUCACCUUUGAGCUCUUCAUCUGUGCGGCCAUCCUGUUAGAGAACAGAGAGUCUCUGCUGCGGUGCCGAGAUGACGUGCAACUCAUCCAGUUUACGAGCAGCCUUCAGGGAACGCUGGACCUGAACAGCACGCUGAAGAAAGCAGAGCACCAUUUGUACAACUACUGCAAGAGCUGUGCUUGGGACUACAUGAGCGGGCGAUGCAGAGCGCACAAGAGCAAAGAAGAAGACUUUCUUUAUCAGCUCCGCAGUUUACUUGUUUUAAAGUGAUAGCUACGCUUUAAAUACCCGAUAUCAAAGACUCCUAUGAAACUGUCAUUUGUAACGGGACAUUCGGUAUAAUUUCUGUUUGGAGUAUUGAUGGCACAUAUUCUUUAUCUUUGUUUUUAUUUCUGAGGGAAACACACUAAUGGCUGCUUAAGUUUGAUCAAUUCCUGCUGUUUAUUAUAAUUAUAAAUGUACAGUAUUUAUUUUAUGGAAUUUGACCUACACCGACUGACUCACCUUGGUUGCUGUCCCGAUUGUACAUGCAUUUGAUAGCUUAAGCCUAAUAUCUUAGUAACUCAGACAAGCUUUGAAGGGUGUGUUUUUGCAGAUCAUGCAAUAUCCAGCCGCUAGAGGAAUACAGCCACUUGACAGGCGUGGGCAACUACCGAGAUCUGGUGUGUCGCAACAGGUGGUGUUUGCAACGAACUGCAGUUAUAUUUAAUGCCAGAUGGCCUAUGUGUCAGAGAGACCUACAGGAAUUGAUAUCCAUUUUUUUGCGGCCUGGCAGGGAGACCAUGCAGUAAUAGGAAGGAAACCCCACUGCACACCUAUGUCUUAAAAAUAGGAUGAAACACGUACACAACAUAAAAAUGAGACCUCAAUAAAACUACGGAAGGUUGGUUACU